CUCUCUCGUCUCUCUCACACAUUGGAGGGGACUACAUGCCAAAAUCUCGAUUUCGAAAAACCCUAGAGAUCUUUCGAAUUCGAGUUCCUGAUUCUUCCUGAUUUCGGAUGCAGAUCGUUCUUCGGAGCUAAGUUUUCGAGUUUUUUACUAAUGCCGCCGCGGCUUCCGUCGUCUCGUCGCGGCGUCGUGUGGUUUCGAUGGAAGCUAAUUAUCACUUUCCUCGCCGCGUUAUGUAUCCUCGCUCUCUUCAGUAUCAAUCGUCAGUCAAAUUCGAUUGCGACGACGACGGUGUCUUCGUCGCUCUCCGUCGCGAGAUCUCGUAUCCCGCGGCGGAGCACGUACUCCGGUGAUCGUCCGAAACUCGCGUUUCUUUUCUUAGCUCGACGUGAUCUGCCACUUGAUUUUCUUUGGGAUAAGUUCUUCAAGGGUGCAGAUCAGAGGAACUUCUCAGUUUAUGUACAUUCAGUACCUGGUUUCGUGUUUGAUGAAUCCACAACGCGAUCACAGUUCUUCUACAAUCGACAAUUGAAGAAUAGCAUUGAGGUAGUUUGGGGAGAAUCAAGCAUGAUUGCAGCAGAGAGAUUGUUGCUUGCAUCUGCUUUAGAGGAUCUUUCGAAUCAAAGAUUUGUUCUUUUGUCUGAUAGCUGUGUUCCAUUAUACGACUUUGGUUACAUAUACAGAUAUCUAAUGUCAUCACCGAAAAGUUUCGUAGACAGCUUCCGUGAUAAAGAUGGACGCUACACCAUGAAAAUGUUUCCUGUUAUACGGAGAGAGAAAUGGCGAAAAGGGUCUCAGUGGAUAUCAUUGAUCAGAAGCCAUGCAGAGGUCGUUGUUGAUGAUGAGACUGUGUUCCCAGUUUUUCAGAAAUUUUGCAAGCGAUCUCUACCUCUGGAUCCCAGAAAGAAUUGGCUUUAUCUUAAAAAGAGACGUCACAACUGCAUCCCUGAUGAACAUUACGUACAAACUUUGCUGACAAUGCGUGGCUUGGAAAAUAUAAUGGAACGGAGAACAGUGACAUACACUACAUGGAACCUAGGAGCCAGAAAAGCUGAAGCCAGAUCUUGGCAUCCUCUCACUUUCACAUCUGACAAUUCUGGGGCAGAGGAAAUACAAGGAAUAAAGAAAAUCAACCAUGUAUAUUAUGAAUCGGAGUAUCGAACAGAAUGGUGUAGGGCGAAUUCAGAACCCGUCCCGUGCUUUCUCUUUGCGAGGAAGUUCACUAGAGGAGCCGCAAUGCGUCUUUUGAGUGAAGGAUUAGUAGACUCAUCAACAGAUACAACAACCUUAUAGAUUGGAAAAAGGUAGACACAAAGGUGGUAUACAACUAAGAAAGAAGAAACAAAGAUUGACAUCAGAAAAAAGGAAGUUAACUUAGAAUAUACAGGCGAAGCAUACAGAGACAGUACAUUAAUUGAUCAUAUGACUGUAGUUUAGUACAAACUACACAUCCUUCAUGUUAUAAAAAAUGGUAACCUUAUGAGAUUCUUAUACAGAAUUUAUAAUACAUAUGUUUUGGAGACAUAAUGCUAUUGUUCUAUACGAUGAUCUAUAGAAUUGCACAAUGGAUCUA